AUGUCCCCCCACCUCUCCGGACCAGGCUACCUCGCCGUAACAAUCCAGCCAGGCAAAAACACCGACCCAGCAGCCUUCCACGAAUGGUACAACACCGAACACGGCCCCCUCCGUCUCCGCCUCCCCUUCAUCACCUCGGGAGACCGGUAUCAUGCCGCAGACUCCCUGCAACCUGAAUGGUCCGCCGUGUACAACGUCUCGGAUCUCGCGUGGUUGGAGAAGAGAAUUUAUACGAGAUUGCGGGAGGAGAGGUCGAAGCGGGAGAGGGAGGUGAUGGGGACUUUUGAGGGGUUGGAUAGGAGGAUUUAUAGUUUGUUCUCUUCUCGUUCUCGGGAUGGGGAGGGAAAUGGCAAGGGAGAGGCGGCUCCUGCGACGGUGAGUGUGUCAAUGCGGGUUAAGGAAGGGGAGGACUUGGAGGAAUUUGAUCGGUGGUAUGAAGAGGAACACAUCGAUCUCGUGGCGAAAGUCCCCGGCUGGUUGCGGACGAGGAGGUUCCGCUUGGUAGUGGGUGGACUCAACGGAUUGCCAGCGGAAGGAGAAGUAGAAUGUCUCGCCGUCCACGACUUCUCUCAUUUAGACGCCAUCGAUGGUCCGGAGAUGAAAGCCGCCAUGAGCACGGCGUGGCGGGAAAAGGUCAUGGCGAAGGUGCAUUCAAAAGAACUGAGGAAGUGGUCCCACCACCUCACCUUCGAUGCGCUGGAAGAACCGCCUUCCUCCGUCGUCACGACCGACGGCGCGGUGCUGAAGUUCCAGCUGGAAGGCUCCCCCACCGACCCAGUCGUGGUAUGCGUCAACUCCAUCCUCACGAACCUCCACAUCUGGGACUCCGUAACGGCACGUCUCCUCUCGGGAGUCAACGGGAAAAGUUACCGCGUCCUCCGCUAUAAUCCGCGAGGCUACGCUCCUCUUCCCUCACGCGCCAACCCCGCGACCUUUGACCUCCUCGCCGACGACCUGGAGUACCUGCUCUCCCGGCUCAACCUCCCAAAGGUCCACGCCGUGAUGGGUGUGAGCAUGGGCGGCGUGACAGCCAUCAACUUCUCUAUCCGACACCCCUCUCUGCUCGAGAAGUUUAUCGCGUGCGACUGUAAUCUCUCCUCCAGUCCCGCCAACAGCCAAGCCUGGGCUGAACGGGUGGAACUCGCGAGGGAGAAGGGAAUGCCUGAACUCGCGAAAGUGACAGUGGAGAGGUGGUUCACCCCCGCGAACCAUGGGUCGGAGGAAUUCAAGAAGGUAUUGGCGAUGGCGGAGGGAGCGGACUUUGAUGGGUUUAGAGGGAAUUCGUUGGCGUUGAGUGACUAUGAUUUGAAGGGCAAGGUUGGGGAGGUGAAGGUGCCGGGGUUGUUAGUUGUCGGGGACGGGGAUGGCAAACUGCCGGAGGCGAUGGGUAAGUUUGGAAUUGAGGGGACGAGGAUGGAGGUCGUGAAGGGGGCGGGACAUUUACCUAUGUUGGAGAAUUUGGAGGGGUUUAUGGAGACUUUGGGGGGGUUUUUGUAG